CAGAGGGCUAGGCCGCAAGUCAUUAGUUCCUGGUGGGCAAGCACUGACAAAAGGCUGUGAGAGAGAAGUCCGCAUGAGUGCCUGGAGAGCGACCACAGGAACUAUGGAGGGCUGAGCACAAGGACGUUCUGCUGCUUUUUUAUUUUGUUUUGGGGAAAGAAGCAGCACGGAGGACAUUGUCACAACCGAGCAGCCGUGCUACAACAAGCAGGGAAGAGACAGAUCACUUCCUUGUGUUGAGGAUCUAUACUCGUGUAUUUAGGAGGUUCCCUGGAUGAGACCGUCUGACCAGGCAGCGAUCGAGCAGGCUACUUUUUAGCCAUCUCAGGAAUCGGUGUAAAGAAAAGGACCAAAACAACACAGCUGGAGGAAAGAAGACAAGAAUAGGGGGAAUGUAAAUCCUCAGGCAUGCAAAACUAAAAGUUGCCACACUGACUGUUUCCAGGUCAUAGUGGAGUGGGAGGAGAUUGAACCGCUCUUUUUUCUGCCAAACACCCUCCCUCUCAAUGCUAUAGCCUAUUUUCUUUCUAAUUGACAUCUGCUUGUUAAGCCUGAGGACUCUUUAUUUUCUGGCAAUAAGCUCUAAUUACCUUAAUUAACGAAGGUGAGCACAAACAAGCAGGCAACACUGAUCCAUUUCAGGUGUAGGGAGACACACUGGACUUUCUUAUAUUUAUGUUACCUUGACAGCAGCCAGACAUCUUGGCGGCCUGUCCCAUUUUCUUCCUCCGUGGUUCGGUAACCAAGCGAUGGCCAUGGUGAGUGGGGGCUGGGGAGAUCCCAACGGGGGCACGAACGGGCUGGGGGAAAAGAGUUACCUGAGGGGGGAGGACGAAGACGGCUCUCCGCAGGCGGGAGGAAGCGACAUGGAGGCCGGGGACGAUGACAAGUCGUGCGUGGUGGACUGCGUGGUGUGCGGGGACAAGUCCAGCGGGAAACACUACGGCGUGUUCACGUGCGAGGGAUGCAAGAGCUUCUUCAAGAGGAGCGUGCGGAGGAAUCUCAACUACACAUGCAGGUCAAACAGAGAGUGUCAGAUUGACCAGCACCACAGGAACCAGUGCCAGUACUGUCGACUGAAGAAAUGUUUCCGUGUUGGCAUGCGCAAAGAAGCAGUUCAACGCGGUCGGAUCCCACCUCAGCCGAGCCUCAGCCCCUCCAUCACGCCCUUAGGUGGAGCCAGCGGCCUUGGAGGUGGCGACUUCUACAACAACAACAACAACGGAGGGAGUGGCGGAGGUCAGCCGGUGUCGGAGCUCAUUUCCCAGCUGCUGCGAGCCGAGCCGUACCCCAGCAGUAGGUUUGGUCACCAGUACAACCAGCAGGCCGGUCCGGAUAACGCCAUGGGGAUCGAUAACAUCUGUGAACUGGCUGCAAGGCUACUCUUCAGCACCGUGGAAUGGGCCAGGAGCAUCCCUUAUUUUCCCGAGCUGCCUGUGUCAGAUCAGGUGGCUCUGCUGAGGCUGAGCUGGAGCGAGCUGUUCAUCCUCAAUGCGGCCCAGUCGGCCCUGCCGCUACACAUGGCCCCCUUGUUGGCCGCAGCCGGCUUCCACUCCUCGCCCAUGUCCGCGGAGCGCGUCGUGUCCUUCAUGGACCAGGUGAGGGUGUUCCAGGACCAGGUGGACAAGCUGACCCGGCUGCAGGUGGACUCGGCUGAGUACAGCUGCCUCAAGGCCAUCGCGCUGUUUUCACCAGACGCCUGUGGUCUAACAGACCCGGUCCACGUGGAGUCUCUGCAGGAGAAGGCUCAGGUAGCUCUGACGGAGUACGAGAGGAUGCAGUACCCGAGUCAGCCUCAGCGCUUCGGACGCCUGCUCCUGCGCCUCCCUGCCCUGCGCGCCGUUCCAGCCAGCCUCAUCUCGCAGCUCUUUUUCAUGCGCCUGGUAGGAAAGACCCCCAUCGAGACGCUGAUUCGUGACAUGCAGCUCUCCGGAAGCUCCAUCAGCUGGCCGUAUGUCCCAGGACAGUAGCCCGCUUACGGAUGAGGUCUCCGUCCUGGGAUUAGUGACGACAAAGACCCACAGGAAACCUCCUGACUCAUCACUAUCCAUCUGUGUGGUUAUCAAACUGCAGUGCCAGCUGGCCGUCAUAUGACCUGUACUGUAACCACUCUAUUCACUCUACUCAUGAAAUGAUCCCUCUGUCUCCACACGGCCUCCAAUAAAGAGAGGAGCCAGUGCCAGCCAGGAUCUGUCUUGUUGCCAGCCCAGUCGCUCUGGUGCCAGGUCUCAGGGCAGCGAACAGCUUUUCAUGCUGGGCUCCGAUAUGGCCACCACGGCCAGUCAUGCCACCACCCACAUGCAACAGUGACUAAAGACGGUCCAGUUUCAUGUAGAGGGCAGCAGCACCCCGCGACACACACAUCUAGAGGACAAAACGGUCCCGCCGCUGAACGUCAGCAGAACAAUUUUCCCCACACUGGGCUCAUUUUCCACAGCUCACCCUUUGUGAUACAUUGACCUUUUUAUCCACACUGAUAACAUUACAAUUACAUGAUCAGAGUGGAUCUAAUUUAACUGUGGUGAACUGAAUAUGGGACAAAGUAAGAGCUUGUUUUUGAAGCAAAGCUCUUCUAGCUCAACACUGAGGAGGGAAUGGAUCAUAUGGAACCAGAAAGAAAACAAAACCAAGGAAAAAUCACCAAAGUCUAUCAUUUCAUCCUCAGAGAUGGCUUCUGAUUAGAAUAAUUGGUCCACAAAGCAGAGAGAUAAACGGACUCUUGUGACUGCCUGACCAUCAACAGAACAAUGCAUUUAAACUCAUUCACAGGGCUCACUGUUUCUGUCAUAAAGCCGCAGUUACAGGAGAGCGGACUUAUACCUCACUAGACAUCAGAAUGCUUCAGUCUGAUAUUUCCUAAACACAAACCUCUGUAAAUGUUGUUCACCAGAAACCGCCUUCUUUUUGACAACUGCCUUGUUUUUCAUUCUGAAUUUGGGGUGAGCAUCACCAACAUUUGUCUUGUAUCUUUAAAAAAACAAAACAUGAUUUGACCGAUUGAAUCAUGGGGAAUUCAGCUAUCAAGCAAUGUUUGGAUCAAGAUUUUUGUUUUGUUUCUUUGGAGAAAUAGCAGGCUGACAUCAACUCGGGUUCUUUUAAAACAAACAACUGAAGAUAUAUCAAUUAGUUAUAGUUGGUGGUGAGAGUUUAUAACCAACACUACUAAUGAAAACACCAGUUUACGUCGAUCAAUUCUGUUUCUGGGGGUAAUGAUCCCUGACAAAAUGUGUUGAUAUGUGUAUAUAUAUAUAUAUAUUGAAGCCAACUUUGUCUUUUUUGCAUGUUGAAAUGUUGUUUUGGAUCUCUGCUAAGUGGAGACUUGUUUCAUUCUUUUACAUAAUGUAAUUCAAGUUUCAUUUAAACAUUUAAGUAUUGCUUUCACUGUUUACUUCUAAAUGUUGUUUUUUUUCUAUAUGUAUUUACAUGAAAAUACCUCUGUCAUCUGCUUAGAUGUCAAAAAAGACGCUUAUCUUCAUGCCAUUACAGCUGAUAUAACUGAGUGGGUCUAUACUGUUGGGAAUGCUGUGAGACAAUACUGUAGGUGGAAAUGGGUUGGAGAAACUGCACUUGGAGGAUAUUCAAUGCCAAAACAUCAUGCUUAAGUUAAAAAAAGAUGGGUCCUGAUCUGCUGGUCCACUGGGAUUUACCUCAUGCUGGUAUUUAAAGAGGCGGGUUUACAUGAGUAAAAUAUUUGAAAGGAAAAAACAAUACCAACUCUAAACACAAGGCAUUUCAGCUGGGAGUCCCAGCAGCUUCUACUGAAGCCAGUUCUCAUGAACUAAGUUCUGAUGAACCUUUGUGGGAAAAGUACUGCGGUGUGAAAGCGCCUAUUGAGCGUUUUCAAACACGAAGUAGAAGGAUGUAACACUGCUUCUUGAUCUACCGCCGGGCCUUUCGAAAGUUAUUUUGACUUUUUUAUUUUACGCAACAACUCACACAACCAUGUCAUAGAAAAAAAAAAGCUAAAUAUGCUAUUAAUGUUUUCUUAUCUUUGUGUUACUGAGUUCUUACGUUUUUUUUAAAUUGUGUGUGUGUGGAAACGUUAUUAAAAGAAUCGAAAGAUG